AUGAGUAGUUUAGUUAAAAAGGGGAGUCAGUUUACCCCAAAGCUUAAAAAGGCCAUUAGAAGAAAACCAAUAUCAAAGUCAGGGUCUGAAGCACCAACUCCAGAAUCAACUCAAAUUAGUCAUAAUGAUUUACCACCACCAUCUAGUAGAAGAACUUCAAUAAGUCAUAGACAAUUAGAAACUCCACCAUCUACUCAAAUACCAGAGAAAAAACAACCAAGAUCAAGUUUUACUUUAAAUGCGGUCAAACAAACCACCAAUACAGAAGAAGAAAUUGUUGAUCCAAUAGAUAAGUCACAAAUAGUAGAAUCUGCAAUAAUAGAUAGUGAUGAGGAUGAAGAACUAAAACAACCUCCAACAGCAACAACAACUAGAAAAAAUUCAGUAAGUCAAAGAAGAUUAUCAGGUAUAAAUCAACACCAGCCAGGACAAAGAAGUAGAUCAGCGUCAAUUUCACUUCGGCCUCAUGAAGAUGGUCAUUCUAUUCAUCAUUCAGCCAAAAUUAUUAUACCGACAACUUCAACCAAACCCAAAAGAAGAAGAUCACUGGUAAAUAGUAAUAGAAAUAAAAGACCUUCAAUAUCAGCUACUGCACCAAUAAUAGCAACAACUGCACCAGCUUUAAAACCGUCAACCACCGCCAAAGUUAUAAACUUACAACCACCGAAAGACAAAGAUUCAAUCGCAACAGCAAAAGCAGGAGCAGCACCAAUAAGUUUGAUAAUAAAUAAUGAACAAGAAAAGGAAAAUGAAAAUAGAGUUGGUAAAGUAAAUGAAGUAUUAGUUAGUGAAAAUGCAGUAAGUAAAGAAUUUGUUGUGGGUAUAGAUCCCAAAUCUAACAAGUUACGAAAAUUUAGAAGAAAAGGUGUGCCGAAAAAAGAGAUUAAAGACGAAUGUGGAUUUAGUAAAAUUUCAGAUAUCUCACUUGAUGAUUAUUUACCGGAAGAACCUGAUAACCUUAUUACAACAGUUACUAGUAUUAGUCAAUUGCCAGCUGGGAUCAAAGACGAAGAUAUUGGCUUAUAUGGAGAAUUAAAGUAUGAGUAUGAUGGAAUGACGAUGGCAGAUUUGUGUAAACCAACCAUUAAGAUUGGACAAGUUAGUACCAAUUUUACUUUAGUUCAAGAAGCCGAAAAACAACUAAAACAAAGAAGGUUACAAAGAAGAUUAGAUAGAGAUAGAGCAAGAGCUGAAGGAAUAUCAGUAGAAGAAGCAACCCUAAAGAAUGAAGGUAGAACUGAAGAAGAAAUUAGAGAAGAACAAUUACAAAAUGCAAACAAAACCAAAAAUAAAAAUGAUGAUGAACUACUAGGUGCAGAUUAUGAACCACCAGCAAGCUCAACUGCAUUACAGUUAACAAUAGUUGAUGGUAAAAUUAGUUAUAAUGAAGAAUCACAAGUUGUUAUAAAACCAAGAGCUGAUACUUCUGGAAGAUCAGUGGAAGAAUCAAACCCUUAUGCAAAUCCAAUAACAUCAACCACAUACAGCAAAAGAACUUACACUGACAAAUGGACUCCAAAAGAAUUAAAUGACUUUUAUCAAGCUUUAAGUAUGUUUGGUACAGAUUUUUCAUUAAUUUCUCAAUUAUAUCCACAUAGAACAAGAAAACAAAUAAAAUCGAAAUUUGCAUUGGAAGAAAGGAAAUAUCCAGAAGUUAUUGAAUUAGCAUUGAGAAGAAAAUUACCGAUUGAUUUCGAAAAAUAUUGUCAACAAACAAAUAAUGACAUUAAAACUAUUGAACAAUAUAAUGAAGAUUUGAAAAAAGUAAGAUUAGAGCAUGAAGAAAAUAUGAAUGCUAUUGCUUUAGCUCGUGAAAGAGCAUUUAAAGAAGAUGCUGAAGCUAAUAGAAGAAGAGAAAUUGAAAUUAGAACUGGUUCUAAACCAAUGACAACUGCUGAAAGAAGAAAAGAAUUACGUAAAAAUGAAACUGUUGUUGGUUCAAUUGAUGAUAAAAAGAAAGAAAAACAAGGAUUAAAUUAA